GCCUGUCCUGACCUGCCCUUGGGAUUUCGAGAGAGGAUUGCGCAGCUCAGAGAGAUAUAGCAUAAUGGCUGAGCAACUUCUUCCUCUGGCUUUGUAUUUGAGCAAUAUGCGGAAAGCUGUGAAGAUAAGAGAGAGAACUCCAGAAGACAUUUUUAAACCUACCAAUGGAAUCAUUCACCAUUUUAAAUCCAUGCACCGAUACACGCUGGAAAUGUUCAGAACUUGCCAGUUUUGUCCACAGUUUCGGGAGAUCAUCCACAAGGCUCUCAUUGACAGAAACAUCCAGGCCUCCCUGGAAAGCCAGAAGAAACUCAACUGGUGUCGGGAAGUCAGGAAGCUUGUGGCACUGAAAACAAACGGCGACGGAAACUGCCUCAUGCACGCUGCUUCCCAGUACAUGUGGGGUGUUCAGGACACAGACUUGGUCCUGAGGAAGGCGCUCUUCAGCACCCUCAAGGAGACGGACACGCGCAACUUCAAAUUCCGCUGGCAGCUGGAGUCUCUAAAGUCUCAGGAAUUCGUGGAAACAGGACUUUGCUACGAUACCCGGAAUUGGACUGAUGAGUGGGACAACCUUGUCAAAAUGGCAUCCACAGACACCCCGGCAGCCCGGAGUGGGCUUCAGUAUCAUUCACUGGAAGAAAUACACAUCUUUGUCCUUUGCAACAUCCUAAGAAGGCCCAUCAUUGUCAUUUCAGACAAAAUGCUGAGAAGUUUGGAAUCGGGUUCCAAUUUCGCUCCUUUGAAGGUGGGCGGAAUUUACUUGCCACUCCAUUGGCCUGCCCAGGAAUGCCACAGAUACCCCAUCGUUCUCGGCUAUGACAGCCAACACUUCGUACCCCUGGUGACCCUGAAGGACAGUGGACCUGAAAUUCGAGCUGUCCCACUCGUUAACAGAGAGCGGGGAAGAUUCGAAGACUUGAAAGUUCACUUUUUGACAGAUCCCGAGAAUGAGAUGAAGGAAAAGCUGCUGAAAGAGUACUUGAUGGUGAUAGAAAUCCCAGUCCAAGGCUGGGACCAUGGCACCACCCAUUUAAUUAACGCUGCAAAGUUGGAUGAAGCGAACUUACCAAAAGAAAUAAACUUGGUAGAUGAUUACUUUGAACUUGUCCAGCAUGAGUACAAGAAGUGGCAAGAAAAUAACGAGCAGGGGCGGCGAGACAUGCACCCUCCGAAUCCUUUGGAACCUUCCAUCCCCCAGCUUUCUCUCAUGGACAUAAAAUGUGAAACACCCAACUGCCCUUUCUUCAUGUCCGUCAACACCCAGCCGUUUUGCCACGAGUGCUCGGAGCGGCGGCAGAAGAACCAGACCAAAGCCCCGAAGCCCAACUCCAAGCCAGGCCCCGAGGCGCUCCCCGGCCUGGCACUCGGGGCCUCGCGGGGCGAAGCCUGGAGCCCCGAGGAGCCCUCCGGGGGCCCCCACUCGGCCCCUCCGACGGCGCCCAGCCUCUUCUUGUUCAGUGAGACUACGGCCAUGAAGUGCAGGAGCCCCGGCUGCCCUUUCACGCUCAACGUGCAGCACAACGGAUUCUGCGAGCGCUGCCACCAUGCCCGGCAGCUGAACGCCGGCCAACCCUCAGACCCUGCACCCCACCUGGACCCCGGCAAGUGCCGGGCCUGCCUCCAGGAUGUCACCAGGACGUUUAACGGGAUCUGUAGCACUUGCUUUAAAAGGGCUACGGCCGAGCCCACCUCAGACCUUGGCUCCAGCAUCCCACCUGCCUGUCACCAGCGCUCCAAGUCCGACCCCUCACAGCUCAUCCCGAGCCUCUCCCCUCACUCCUGCCGCCGGGCCGGGGCCGAGGCCCCCUCCGGCUGCCACUCCCCAGCCACGCGGACACCAGGGGACAGGACUGGGACGAGCAAGUGCAGAAAAGCGGGGUGCAUGUAUUUUGGGACUCCAGAGAACAAAGGCUUUUGCACGCUGUGUUUCAUUGAGUACAGAGAAAAUAAACAUUUUGUCGCUGCCUCAGGGAAAGCCAGUCCCACAGCCUCCAGGUUCCAGAAUGCUGUCCCCUGUCUGGGGAGGGAGUGUGGUGCCCUGGGAAGCACUGUGUUUGAAGGAUACUGUCAGAAGUGUUUCAUCGAAGCUCAGAAUCAGAGAUUCCAUGAAGCAAAAAGGACUGAAGAACAACUGAGGUCCAGCCAGCGCAGAGACGUGCCCCGAGCCCCCCAGAGCGCCUCCAGGUCCAAGUGUGCCCGCGCCGCCUGCAGGAACGUCCUGGCCUGCCGCAGCCAGGAGCUCUGCAUGGAAUGCCAGCCGCUCAGCCAGCGAGCGGGCCCGGGCCCCCGGCGGCCAGAGCUCGUCCCCGAGGAGCCCCCCACGCAGCGCUGCCGGGCCCCCGCCUGCGACCACUUCGGCAACGCCAAGUGUAACGGCUACUGCAACGAGUGCUUUCAGUUCAAGCAGAUGUAUGGCUGACCCGAAGCCGGCAGGCCCGCCCCAGCCCAGAGCGGCCUGGAGCCUUAGCCAGCGUGGUGCUCUGCUCUCAGUGCCCCGGUGCCACCGGAGGGUCUGUCCCUGCAUGGAGUGUCUCUAAACAGGGUUCGAGGAAAGACACACUCAGUCACGGCCAGGAAUCUGAGCGAAGCAUGUGACCGGCAGCAGGUGGUGUCGGAUUCAGCCCGGGGUCCUCCCCCUCUCCUACCAGGCAGAAGGCCAGGAACUUCAUGGACUUCACACCAGGGCCAGGACUGCUUCAUCACCUUCCGAGGAAAGGGAAAAGACACACGGUUCAGAGCUGUUCCCCUGCCCUCCAUCAGCAUCUCUCAGUGACAGGGAGGCGGGGCCUCGGGGCCGCAGGCCCUCUGCCUGAAGCUCGGGAAGCCCAGGCGAAGUGGACCGAUUCCGGGGUCAGUCGGUGGUGGUUCUUCCCUGCCUGCCUUGUUCCUUUCCCACAGACACGGCAGAAGCAGAACCAUCCACGGACUAUGAUUCUGACGCUGCUGAGACCAAACACAUUUGUGAUGAAAAGCCAACCAGCUGCUCUUUAUAAUAUGCACCUUUUAAGACUCAGAAUAAGUCAGUGGGCAGACGGGUACCUCUUUUGGUUAUCACUGUCUUUACUUCUCAAGUUUAGCUUGAACUGAGGUGUGCAUAGAGAUAUAUUCAUAUAUAAUGUCCCCUUAUAUGAUGUAUGAGGGAAUUUUUUUAUGUUGAGAUGCUGCCCUAGAGGUUUCCAGUAAGAAGACUGAAUAAUAAUAACCUAUUUUCUGGUUGUUGUUGGGGCAGGCACCUCUUCUAUACACAUGAACUCAACCAGCUACCUUGUUAAAAGGAGCUCCGUGUAUGUCUGUCAGUCACUUUAUUUAUUUUAUUGCAAACUUUAAGGUUAUUUAAGUGAAGAUCUCCUGGUCUGAGCAACAUGCUGUACUGUUUUCUUGAGACAUCGUAUUUGCUUUCAGUCACAUCACAGACCCAGGCAAGUUCCUGACCACAGUGGGGGAGUCGGGCUCUUCCUUGCACUUCGAUUGCCUUCCCUGGGAAAGAAGGAAUUGCAUCUGUAGGAAAUUCAUUAAAAUCUCACGCUUCUUCAUGAAACUCUGGCUAGCGCCGCCUCCCAGGCCCUCAAUAAGAAACUGCACUCCGUGUUGUUUAAAUGCUUCUGUGUAUCCUACCUCCUUAGAGAGAUGAUUGGGAAGGAACCGGGAUGAGAUUGGACAAAGUCACUGGAAAAGAUGUUGCCUUUCUUUGCUAUGUCACUGCUGUGUCCUGGGGUGCUGGUCAGUGACCUCGUGUCCAGUGGCCCCUAAACAUUGGGAUAGCAAAGUCUUAAUACCUUGAGUAAGCAGAAAUUUCUCACUGUGCUUAGCCUAUAAUUUCUGUGUGCUUUGUGUUACUGUCAUACUUGUUCUAGAAAAAAGGGAGGGGAAACACAUUUUCCCAGAGGUAAAGGCUGCUAUUUUGUGUGUGUUUGUGUGUUUGGUAUUCUGACCUGAAAGUCUUGGCUCUCUAUAAUUCUCCGUGGUCUUUACUUGUACUAUGUGAUGUGUUUUCCCCGUGGAACACCAUUAGCCUUUUUCCUUCACAUACCCUUUAUAAUUUCUUUCUAAAUUGUUAAAUAAACAUCAGUUUUCUUCAACUAGUUCUUUUAAAGUUGCUGUUUUACUAUUUUAUGUGUUUCAAUAUUUUCAUCCUUAAUGUGAAAAGUGGAAAUAUUUAUACUUAUUAUAGAAAGCAUUUGAAAUUUGCACAUUUAGUUGUCUGAUAGAAAACUGUCGGCUCUGUGUUGGCUUUUUUCAAGAUUCCUUAAAUUGAAAUGUAACUUUUCACAAAAGUCAAUAUUAAAAAAUAAAUUAUUUAAGAACAAA